GGUCAGAAGCGUGAAGACUUCGAAAGAGGGAAUGAAACACGGACACCGACACAUGUUCAAAUUCUAAUGAUGCUCCAAAAUAAUGUGCAAAAAUUGAUUGCGUUGCAGAUCACAAAAAACGGGGACCCACGAAAUUUGACAUUCGAUCUCUCUUCUCAAAGGAAUUUCGGAAUAUCUAUCAAAUAAUGCCACCCAGUUUGGAGAUCAUCAGCAGCAGCAGCAUAAUAUCAUCAACAAUUUUCAGUUUGGAGAGCUUGUUGAGAUCAAAAGAGAGAUGUUUGGGUGCAAAUGCUUCUACUGGAAUAAAAUGGACCAGUUGUUCCCUUGUGAGCCUGAAACCUUCUCGCUUCCAGCCCCGCUUCCCCAAUGGCCUCAAGGUCAAGGAUUUGCUUCUGGAAAAAUAAAUCUUGGAGAACUUGAAGUUGUUAAAAUCUCAAGAUUUGAGUUCAUCUGGAGCAGCAACCUAUUACGGGACAAGAAAAAAGGUGUGACAUUUUAUGAACCAGUUGGAAUACCUGAUGGAUUUUAUAGCCUUGGGCACUAUUGUCAAUCUAAUGACCAGCCUUUAAGAGGUUAUGUUCUUGUUGCUCGGGAAAAGCCUUUCGAAUCAGAAGCUGCUCAUUUCUCUGCCUGUGUUGCCUCACCAGCCCUUAGGGAGCCCCUUGAUUGUUCUUUAGUUUGGAGUUCAAAUGGCAGGAGUGAGGAAAGCUUUGAAGGAUGUGGCUUUUUCUGGUUGCCCCAGCCUCCCGAGGGUUACAAGUCCAUGGGCUAUCUGGUCACUAACACUCCUAAGAAGCCCAAAUUAGAUAAAGUGAGAUGUGUUCGAGCUGACCUGACAGAUAGAUGUGAAAAUUAUCAAGUUGUACAUAAUGGCCAUAUGAGAUUUUCAGAAUUUCCAUUUCAAGUUUGGAGCACAAGACCUUCUCAUCGAGGGAUGCUGGGGAGAGGUGUUUCUGUGGGGACUUUUUCUUGUGGUAGCUUUUGGACACCUGGGCAAGAACUGUCUAUUGCAUGCUUGAAGAAUUCAGAUCCUACACUACAUGCAAUGCCAAACUGUGAUCAGAUUCAUGCACUAAUCAACCACUACGGACCUACUGUCUUCUUUCAUCCUGAUGAGAUCUACUUGCCAUCUUCUGUUUCAUGGUUUUUUAAGAAUGGAGCACUUCUGUUCAAAAAGGGGGACUUGGAAGGUGAGUGCAUUGAUGUUAAUGGCUCAAAUCUACCAAGUGGCGGAAGAAAUGAUGGGGAAUUUUGGAUAGACUUGCCAAGUGGUGAUAGGAAAAAUAAUGUCAGACUAGGGAACUUGGGAAGUGCUAAACUUUAUGUUCAUGUGAAGCCAGCACUUGGUGGGACUUUCACUGAUAUUGCUAUGUGGAUUUUCUGUCCCUUUAAUGGACCUGCAACACUUAAAAUUGGUAUUAUGGAUAUUGCACUUAGCAAGAUUGGACAGCAUGUGGGUGAUUGGGAGCAUUUUACUCUCCGCCUAUGCAACUUUACUGGAGAGCUCUGGAGCAUAUACUUCUCUCAGCACAGUGGUGGUGUAUGGGUGAAUGCUUAUGAUUUGGAGUACGUACAAGGGAAUACAGCUAUUGUUUACUCAUCAAAAAGCGGACAUGCAAGCUAUCCUCAUCCUGGGGCUUACAUUCAGGGUUCUUCAAAACUAGGAAUUGGUAUUAGAAACGAUGCUGUUAGUAGUAAUUUCUACGUAGAUUCAAGUACUCAUUACGAACUUGUUGCAGCUGAGUAUCUCGGAGAUGGGGUUAUAGCUGAGCCUGGCUGGUUGCAAUUUAUGAGAGAAUGGGGUCCAACUAUUGUCUAUGAUUCUAGAACUGAGUUGGAUAAAUUUAUUAAUAUUUUGCCUGUGAUGCUUCGAUAUUCAGUGGAGAAUAUUUUUUAUAAGCUUCCGGUUGAGCUGUAUGGAGAGGAAGGCCCUACUGGGCCUAAGGAGAAGAACAAUUGGGUAGGCGAUGAGAGAGGCUAGUUUUGUGGUGGCCUCCAAUCUUGAUGAAAUAUUGUUGUUAUUCAUCUGCUGCUGUUGCGGUCACACUACAACCAAUAGUAAAUUAUGUUCAUAGCAGGUACUAUGAUUUUGUAUAUUUGUCUUCUUUUAUACGUAUUUGAGAUGAUAGUGUCGGGCUUCUCUAUGUGUACUAGUAAUCCAGAUGGAGGAAAGAGAUUGCGGGUUGCUGUGGGUUUCUGUAUUUUGAGUAUGAUGAUGGAUAUGGAUUGGAGUUCUGGAGAUUUUGUUUGAAUCACAUAGAAAUAGAAUUAUUAGAAUGUUCCAAAAUACUAUUCCAAAAUGUAUCUACAACUCUUGUAUGAUAGCCAACAAGGGCUAAGAAAAGUAUAUAUAUAUGGACUUUGAAAUUCUACAGGAUUGCUCCAA